UCAGUGGAAGAUGGACUCGGUGUGUACAGUGAUGUGAGAGGUUGUUGUGCACGGCGAAAUUAUGUAUAUCCUCGUCGGUAGAGAUGUCGAAGUUUGGGAAGUGCGGCCUAAUGGUCGGUGAUAAGAAAAUGAAGGAUAAAAUGCCACCAUUCAGAAGAAAAAAAGCGGGAAAAUCGUUCCCCGUAAAAGUGUGUACUUUGGAUGCUGAACUCGAAUUUAAUUUAGAGUGGCGUGCUACUGGAAGAGAUCUGUUCGAUUUGGUGUGCCGCACUAUUGGACUAAGAGAAACAUGGUAUUUUGGACUUCAAUAUGAAGAUUCAAAAGGCUUUAUAUCAUGGUUGAAACUGGACAAGAAAGUGCAGGACCAAGGCAUCCCACAACAGCCUCAAACAGCAUUCAUGUUUCUGGGGAAGUUCUAUCCUGAAGAUGUGGCAGAAGAAUUGGUGCAGGAGGUUACUCAGCAUCUGUUCUUUCUGCAAGUUAAACAAGCAAUUCUAUCAAUGGACAUCUACUGCCCUCCAGAGGCAUCUGUUUUGCUUGCAUCGUAUGCUGUGCAAGCUAAGUAUGGUGACUAUGAUGAAGCAACUCAUAAGCCAGGAAUGCUGGCAAGUGAAGAUUUGUUACCUCAGAGAGUAAUUGAUCAGUACCAGAUGACGCCAGAAAUGUGGGAAGACAGAAUAAAAAUCUGGUACGCCGAUCAUCGUGGUAUGUCCAGAGACGAAGCAGAGAUGGAAUAUCUUAAGAUUGCUCAGGAUCUUGAGAUGUAUGGAGUCAACUAUUUUCCUAUCUGUAACAAAAAGGAUACAGAACUUUGGUUAGGAGUGACAGCAUUAGGGUUAAACAUAUAUGAAAAAGAGAACAAGCUUACACCAAAAACAACUUUUACGUGGUCUGAGAUUAGGCACAUAAGCUUUGAUGAUAAGAAGUUUAUUAUAAAACCAGUAGAAAAAUCCUCACCGAACUUUGUAUUUUUCUCACAGAAAGUACGAAUGAAUAAAUUGAUUUUAGAUCUGUGUAUUGGGAACCAUGAUCUAUUUAUGAGACGUAGGAAGCCCGAUACUAUGGAAGUACAACAAAUGAAGGCCCAAGCUAAGGAAGAAAAGCUGAGGCGACAGAUUGAACGAAACAAACUUGCCCGAGAGAAGCAGUUGAGGGAGGCAGCAGAGAGGGAACGCGCUGCCAUGGAACAAAGGCUGGUGCAGUACCAAGAGGAGAUACGGCUCGCCAAUGAGGCUCUUAGACGCUCAGAGGAAACAGCAGACCUGCUGGCGGAGAAGUCUAGGGUAGCUGAAGAAGAAGCAAUGCUGCUCAGCCAGAAAGCUGCAGAAGCCGAACAGGAAAUUACGCGGCUGAGGCUUGGGGCUAUGAAAACAGAAGAGGAGAAAGUUCAUUUGGAACGAAAGACUAGGGAAGCUGAAAUGUUGACUGCAAGGUUAGUUGAUGAAUCAGAGAGACGGGCAGCAGAAGCAGAGAGAUUAAAGGACGAGCUUAUCAAAGCUCGUCUUGCUGAGAAGCAAGCCAAGGAAAAAUUACUAGAGUUCCUGUCACGCAGUGCCUAUACAAAUAUAGCUCUGCAACCGCUGUCGUCGCAGACUGGUGUCGGAAUGGAUGGUGGCGGUGGUCUCCUGGCAGUGCUCCCCCCACCCACUGCCGUUCCUCCUCUGUACCCAGCCGGGGGGCAAGUCCUGCCAUCAGAGCUGCAAGCCGAUCUCCGAGCUCUCCAGCUCGCAGAUGCCACUGCCGCUGCAGUUGCAUCCGUCGGUGUCGGCACUGUUCUGACAACUGCCCCGCAUGACCUGAACGCCUACGAUUUGAUGGCAGAUGGUGAUGUGGAACAGCUGUCGCUCGAGAUCGAGAAAGAGAGGGUUGAGUACCUUGAAAAGAGUAAGCAUCUGCAAGAGCAGCUACGAGAGUUACGUUCAGAGAUAGAAGUUCUCAAGGUUGGGGAGAAGCAAAGCCAGCUUGACCAACUGCAUGAUGAGCAAGUCCGGCUUGGUGAAACCAAGUAUUCAACUUUACGUAAGGUCAAGUCAGGUUCAACAAAAGCUCGCGUGGCCUUCUUUGAAGAACUCUAAGAAGAGAUGCCAAAUGUGCAUAAUAAGCACUUCAGUGUAUGUUAAUUUAGCCAAAUGUUGAAUAGGAUGACAUUAAACUGUGUAUUGUGCUCACAGACUUCACAUCACAGUGGCAUCUGAAGAUGUUGUAGAAAUGUUAUUUUUUUAUAUUCUCUAUAGACUUACAUUAUAUGAAAAACACUAUUUUUGUGAAAAAAUUGUAAUAUUCUGCCUCAUUUGGUGUAUAAAAAAAUACUCGUGUGUGUGUGUGUGUGUGUGUGUGUGUGUGUGUGUGUGUGUCAGAGAAGGAGAGGGAACUUGUGUCUUCACACACAACGUAGUUCAUGAGAAAGAGAGGGUGGGACAAAAAGGAAAUUAUCAUAACUGCACCACUUGAGCAAUGUUUAUAAUGAGUGUGUUGCUAUUAUAUACAUUUUUAUAUUGUCAUCACCAUACACAUAUAAUUCAAAAUUCAUUGCCUAAUGAUUAAGGUAUUAAAAAGCAUUAUGAAUGUUCCUCACUUUGUUGAAGGACAGGAUCUAUCAUGUUGGUUCUGAUACCUUUUCUGUCCCCUAUCUCAUUCUCUUCAUGACAGAAUAUUUUGUUGGAGGCAGUCAGCAUUGGUGGUCAUCAGUAUUUAGUAACACCGGCAUGGUGUGCAAUCUAUUUGCACUGCAGUUUUAUUUUGAAUAUAACAUUUAAUUUCAUCUAGCUGUCUAUAAUAUGUGGUUGCAAACAUAUCUACAUUUACUUUACUGUUCUGCAUUGAGAAAUGUUCAAACUUUGUAAUAUUUUCCUCUCUCUCCUUCUGGGAUCUCCAAGAAAUACUAGUUUUUCCAGCUGAAAGAAAAUCGUCAAGUCAGUUUUCUGUAGGUAGCCAUUGUAACUAAACAAAGAAUAGAAUGCUCCAGGGAGAAAUUUGCAAAUCUGAGUUCACUGCCAUCUAUAGUUACUGGUAUAUAUGUUUUUUUUCCACACAGUACAAUAUAAGAGCAUCAUAUCUGGAAUGAAAAUAACUGUUUUGGAGUCAAAAGGGACAUACUGUCAUAUUGAUAUUUAUGUGGGCUGUAUGGCUCAAUUGGUGGCAAAACGAAAAUAUACGGGUUCGAAUCCCACUCUGGCACAUGUGUACCCUGUCAGUCCAAAAAGUUUCGAGAGUGGACUAAUAAAAACUAGAUAAACAUUAAGAUGGUGGUAUUAAUGUUUCAGGUGAUCUACAUUGCCUCCCCCUGCCCCCCCCCCCCCACUUGGUUACAACACACACAACAUUCAUACAAGUAUGUGAAACUGUCAGAAAUUCCUUUCUUUGAGAUGAGAUGUUGUUCAACUUGCAUAUCACACUGACUUGAAUGUUGAUUAUAUCAUCAAAUUGUUGACCCUCUCUGUGAAUUUCUCCACUUUGUUACUUUGUGUUAGGUUCAUAUUGAUAACACCAAGUCACAUCACCUGCAAAAAUUUUUUUUUCAAGAAAAGACUUUUCCGCAUUUUUCAUUUCAAUAAAGCUGUAGCUCACAUCUGAGUGUUGUCAUUUUUGUUCAGGAGUUAAUGUGUGCAGGACAAAUUUUGCCCACUGCAGUUGUUAGUUUGAACUGCCACUGUAGUUCCUGACUGACAUUGCUUUUAUGUCAGGAGUAAAACCAGUCAAAGAACUUUUUGGAUGCAAGGUGUAAACCUGUCAGGACACUCAUGUUUGAUAAUUGAUCAGUUAAUGAUUUUUGGUUAUGUGUGCUCAUGGGUACUUUCAGAUAAAGCAAAAACAAAUUUGCAUAAAGUACAUAAAUGUAUUGCCAUUAUGUGAGAAUCGUUAAUGGCAGAUAUUUGCAAGGCUAGGGGCUGAGAAGGAAAUGACAAUGUUUCGGAACAACUACGUAAACAUUUGAUUUGCAUAACUUACUGGCAUUUUAUCUGAGCAUGUACUUGUGUUUUGUAAUUUUGGAUAAGCAGCUGGAUUGAAUAUUUAAAAAAUGCAGAACUUGUAGUUCAUUGAUACAUGAAAAUAUGAACUGUGGUAAUUGUUAUAAAGAAUGCACAGUGUGAAUGAGCUGAGGCAAUUUUCAUAAGGUUUACAUUUUAUGUAAAAUAUUCACUGACUUGAAUUUCAAACAGAUUUUCAUUUACUCUUCUGCUGCUCUCAGCAAAAGAUUGACUAAAUAAAACACAAGCAAUGGAAGAAAUAAAGGUAAUAAUUUAUUCUAUAGUUUAGAGGUGUGCAUCCCCCUUCCUUCACCCCCCCCCCCCCCCCCCUUUCCACACACACACGGUGCUAGAUGCUGCACCCUAAUUGUAUGCUCCAAGAGAGAAUAUUAGCCAGAGACUUAACUAAGAUUUCAGUCUUGUUUAUGUACAUGUCUUCAGCUCAAUACCUCAGCCUCAUAGUGAAUGGUUACCUUUACUCCUUCCAUUCUUUGCAUUCCACCUAGUGCUUUCCGAUAUAGUCAUUAUACAAAACACUUACUUUUCUCAAGUAAACUGUAUUUAUGAUAAGUCAGUGAGAAAUAAUUAAAUGCAUUUGAGCGAUCAUAAGUGUGCUGUAAGGUUUCUUUAUAUGUGUGCAGAUCCUCCACAUAAAAUGUGGUAGCAGUUGUGACUGUGAAUGAACUUCUUCAUUAUAAGAAACUGAACAUCUGAAUAAUUGUGUCAAUAAUUCAUAAUUACAACUAUCUUUCUUUUUAAUUAUAAAGUAUAAUAGCAUAUGUUUCAUAUUUAUGAUUAAGUAUAUUGUGCAGGGUACCUGAUUUUUUGAAUCUCUACCAUUUCAUGUAUGCAAUGUAAAAAGGAAUCUGAUUAUUUAAUUAUCUGAUUGUGUUAUUGUGGCUUUACUCACUGAAAGUUGAUCCACAGAAUCUGAAGAAUAGUCUCUGUCUGUCAUAUUCCCAUUCUUGGUCCAGUUAAGUAAAUUUAUGACAAGUAUCACUACAGGUAAUUUUACUAAACAGUGUUUUGUGAUUUUCAGUAUUAAAACCUCGAUAAACUAUUUGCGUACCAACCAUACUUAGCCUUGCAUACUGUACCUGUUACCUUUUUUCUCCAUUCAGAAAAAGAGGACAUUGAAACAGCUUUAAAAAAAUCUUGAGCCCAAACAACAUAUCUCCACUUUCCUUGUAUAAAUGUUGUGCCAAACAGAACGGAAACAAACACUGACAGAAUACAUUCCCACCCACACACCCUCAAAAUCUCUCAAUGUGUAAUAUAUUGGUGCUAUGUCAAGCAAGAUAUAUAAAGGAAAAGCAACCACUCACCUACAGCAGAUCAAUGUGUGGAGCACAGAAACACAUAACAGAGAACAGCAUUCACACUAGCUUUUGGGCACUAGCUCUUUUUCUAAUAAUCGCGCACACAUUUGCACACAGAUACCCAAAUGCACACUCCUGUGGCCAAGGCAAGACUGCAAGUGGCCAUGGGAGUGUGUUUAGGGCGUCUGUGUGGUUGUGUGUGUGAAUGUAUGCACUAUUGCUAGAAAAGGAGGUAGUGCUCGAAAGCUAGUGUGUUUUCUGUUAUAUGUUUCUGUGCUCCAUACAUUGAUCCUAUGUAUGUUAGUGGUUGCCUUUCCCUUAUUCUAUGCAUUGCUCCAUCCAGAAAUUUUUAUUAUUGUCAUGCAAGAUAUGCACAGAAUGAUGAAUCUGUCAUUGUAAAUUGUUACAAGGGAACAAGCAACCUUGAAUAAAGCUAAGUUUUUAAGAAGUUUGGCAGUUUGAAUACACUGUCAGCUGCUACAUUCUCUUGAAUAUCAGGAUGUACCAUACACUCAGAUGCUGAGAACUUGGCUUGAGCUUUAGUGACCGCUCACAGGGUCAGGGGGGGCCACUGUAUGAAACUAAUGGAAUUCAUUUGGUACUUGAUGCUAUCCUUGUUCUGACAGUGCAUAAAACAAAAUGCAGUCUUAAAGCUGUUUUGGGUAGCCUUUGAAGAAAUAAGUUUGAUAGUGCCAAAGAAAAGAAAUGACUUUCAUGCAUACUAUUAGGUAAAAAUUGGGACUGAGUGAAUGAAUAAUUACUAGUAGAAUUUUAUUGCCUAUAUUGUGGGGAGGGGAGGGGGGGGGGAAAAACCUUUUCAUGGACAUUUUAGUCUGUGCAAGUCUGAGAUGAUUACACUCUGAUAUCUCCAUUUAGAAAGGUAGAUUUCCAUAAUGCAAAAUUUUCUGUUCUGUGACAUGGAACUGUUACUGGCAGUUUAAAUGGCCGUUGUGAAUCAUCAAACUAUUACAGUUGCUGAAAAUACUUUACUUUUAUAUACAAGACAGUGAGGAUGACAUGCAUAUGCAAGAGCAUGAUGUAUAAUGUAUAAGGAAUUACGAUAAGUAUUACAUUUCUUAGGUGUGCUAUUACAGUAUUAUUUGAAAGACUUAUGAAAAGAAUCAGUUGAGAUUUGAAGAUUAUAACUCAAAGCUGGAAAUAAGAAUUAAAUACUCAACUGUAAUGGAACAUUGUUGAAUGCAAGGAAAUUUAAAUUGUUCACCACUGAAACUAUGCUGUUGUCCUCUAAUUUGAGCCUUGUAAUUGGUAUGAUAGCAGUGCUGAAAGCUCUGUAUACAUACAACAAUGGUCCCUCCAGUUAAGUAAAGACAAAAAUCUUGGCAUGAAUGUAUUCUGAACCUUUAACAUUAAGAGCUUUAUACAUAUUGUCCAUAUAUUAACGUUGCUGGAAAAAAUGCUCAAAUAAUCAAGAAAAACAGUAUUUCAUUGCACUGUUAUGGAAUGAGAUGGAAUCACAUAAAAAUUGUUCCUCAGCUGUGCAUACAUCUGAAGUGUUCUAUUGCCAUCAGAAGUGAAAGAAAGCCAUAGAGUAUCUGACUUGUCAUUGUAGUCUCUUGUAUUUAUAGUGUUGAAGGAUGGUAUUAUCUUUCAACAUUAUUUUGGGACAUAGGCAUAUUCAAAUGUGCAAUUUUAGAGGAAAUGCGCAUACAGUGUAAAAAAAAGCCUGUUUGUGUUUGUUUUAGUGUUUCCACAAAAUCAUUUUCUUUCCUGAUAACUAUGAAUUCUGACUGUAAUGCCUGUGUAGUAAAGAUAAACUGUUCCCACAGUAUGUAAUAUAAAAUUGCCAGUAAAUACAUAUUUUUUGUCAUGUGAAAUCACUCAUGUUAGCAUCUACAACCAACUGAAAGGACUUUGGUAAAAGUGCUUGUUUUGUUACAACCCAGGCUACAUUGUUUGGAUUAGGCUUGGUAACAUGGUAUUAUGUCCUGAUCGCUAGUGAUCUCAUGUACACUGCUCUUGGAUGUGUAAUAUUAAAUGUGAUUUUCACAAACAUAUUUAUGUGUCAUUCUUUAUCAGCACCCACACGUAAGGAGAAAAUCAGUGUGAUAUACCUUUAAUGCAUUAAUGAUCAGUUGUAUGUGAAUGGCAAACAGUAGACUAGCAUAUUUGAAGCAUCUUCUAUGUGACAGAUGCCCUUCACCCUCUGCACUCUUUGAUCUUUAACAUUGAAUAACAGUGCCAUUUUUGUCUUAUUUACCAUCACCUAUUCUUCUGUUUAUUCUUGAGUUUGUCGUAUUGCUCCAGAUGAAGGGGCUUACGAAUCUUGAAAAUUGAAUAUUUCCAUCUUCUUUAUGAAUCAUCUGUUUUCCACUUACUAUUCCCCAUAAUUGAUGAUCUGUUGAGCUUGACACACUCUUAACACCAAUUGUGCUUUUUCCCCACUUGACUGAAUUCUUGUCAUAUGCAAUAAUAUUGACUUUGGAAAAUGCAAGCUAUCUCUCCGUUCCUAUCCAAAGGGAAAGGUGUGAUACUAGACUUAGUGCUUUACGUAAAUGAAUGCUUUUCUUUUACUUAAAGGUUAACUAAUAUGAUUAUUUCUUCAGCAUGUAGAUUUACUCAUAGUCUGCCUCACUUCUUUUGUGGAAGUACAUUUAAAGUAAGUCAUCCUGCACUUUGUCUUGAAUGUGUCAUAGACUUUGUGUGAUAGAUAAUACAUGGGGCCAUAAUACUUUUCUAACAAAAUUGGAAGUAAUGCUCCUUUAUGAUUAAUUUUUGUUUUGGCUGUGCUGCUAUCUGUGUAAGAUAACCUCAUACUCUUGGUGCCCAAAUCAACUUAAUAAAACAAGUCCAAGAUUCCAAAUGUUCCCAAGUGUUCAUGUGCCAACAUCUUCCAUGUCACGUACCACUCCUUUUAUUCUUUUUUCUCAUCCUUCCAAUUUACAUUUACAGCCAUUUGACUGUGUUGUAGAACUACCUUAUCAUAAUGGGGUUUUUUUCUUUUGUUUUACAUCUUUUUUAUUUUUGAUUUAUAUUUAGUUGUGUUUCAACUAUUUUUGCUUUCAUAUUAUUGUUUUCCUUCCUUCUGCAACUCAUGUGCAUAUUAUUGUUAUAGUCAAACAAUGGAAAAUCCAGGAUGGAAUGUAACAAUAUUAUGAAAAGGAAAGUCACUACUCACCAUAUAGUGGAGAUGGUUAGUCACAGAUAGGCACAACCAAAAAGAAGUUGUCUAUUUUUGACAAAGGCCUUACUGGCCGAAAGCUCAAUUUGUGACAGUCUUUUUGUUGUGCUUAUCUGUGACUCAGCAUCUCUGCCAUAUGGUGAGUAGCAAUUUUCCUUUUCAUAUUAUUGUUAUUGUUGUAAUGUGCAUUUUGUGCAUGUUUUCUCAGUUUUCCGAUUGGAUUUGGAUGAUUAAUCUCAUUUUUAUUGCUGUCACUAUAUUAUUGUUUCUUUGACCAAACUGCCCUUUCCUUAAUUAAGUUUCUAAAUAUUCUAGUAUUUGUAUUAAUAAGUUUCUCUAAUUUCCUUGAUUUUUUCCUCAGCUGAAAAAUUUCUCAUAUAUUCCUCAUGCUAGAUAGUACUAAUGAGCUUUGUGCAUUUGUUCACCAUCUGUACUAUUAUCUACACACAUUACUCUUGUUUUACUACAAAUACCUGCUCACACUGCCCCUCCGACCCAUUUCCUUUGGUUUUUGGUUGUAAAAAAGUGCAUCCUGUCAAGCAAUGCUGUCUCUUUCUCACAAUCUUUCAAAUUUCUCUCAACUAUUAUAUUAUCAUCUGGAAUCAUUUUAAAUACUUAUUUGUUGUAUAUGGCUUCUUCAAGUUGAUGAAAUGUAUGUAUGCUGAAGUAUUGAAUCUCACUGAAUUUACUAUUGUAUAUACUUUCGGUCUAUCUCCCCCUUCCCAAAAUAUAAUUCUUAUUUUUACUAUUUUAUGCCACAUAGAUAAAAGUUGUAGUUUACUGUCAUCAGUAGUACAUUGUAUGGUCCACAUAAUAAGCUACAAGUAAAUGAAAUAUGCUAUUUUAUUUAUACAUGUCAUCUCUGUCUUCAGAGUCAUCAGUUCUUAUUAUUAAUGUCUAAGUGAUGACUGGUGCUUCAUUGUAGAAAAGAAUUAUUUUAAAAUCAUUGUUUUUUGUCACAAGUCUAUUCAUUACUUUAUACUCAGCUGUGUACAUAUUGUAAACAUUGUACAUGUAAAUAUUAUUUAUGCUUACUUUUUUAAUCUUUGUAAAAGACAAUAUCUUCAGUUUUGACUUUCUUAUUUGGUUAAUGGGUUCCACUUGUGGCUCUGUAAAACACUUCUCAGGUGUAUCUGUUACUUAUUGUGUAACUGGAGCUUCAUCAAGGAAAAAGUAAUAGUAUUUCACACUAGUUUUACUUCCUUGCACAAAUGGAGCAUUGGAACUGUUGUGAAAGUAAGUUUCUUGUGUGCACUUAUCAUUAAAAGAAAAAGCCCUCAUGUAUUCUCAUGAACAAAAUUGUUAGCAGUUGUUUUCACCUUAUUAUUUGAUAACUUAAAAAAUGUAAUGAACUUCUUUUCAAGUUGAUAAUGUGUGCAUUAGUUUAUUAAUCACCAAUUGUAACUGUUGCCAAAUAUUUAAAAAUGUUUUUUAGAUAUUAAUAAUUACAGUAGAGAAAUGUUUGAAUGAACCAAUGAGAGAGGCACUGUAACAGUUAUGUGUACUAAUCAUACAAUACAAGCUUUCACAGCUGAUAGUUCCAGUUACUUGCUGUCCAAUCUACAUAAAACGAACUACAGUGGAUAUACAAAUAUUUUUCAAUAUUUUGUUAAUCACAUACAAUUUUGUGUAUACAAGCAGCACAACAUUCAUGUAAGAUGAAUAGUUAAAUGGUAGUUGUUUAUUUUGUGGUAUUGUAUGGAACUGACAUGAUUUAUUCUGAAUUUAUCUCAUAAACUGCAAAGGUCAUUUGUAACUCUCCUCAAAUUAAAUACUAUGUGUUUUUGUCUUGAAGCAUUAUUUAUGUCUGGUGUUAAGUUCAUGCUGUGACAUCUUUACAUAUUUACUCACACUGUUAUGUGCCACAGAUAGUGAACUUCGUAUUCACUGAACCAUAUUUCCUUUACGCUUAUAAAAACAUUCCCUGCAUUGUCAUAAUUACAUACUUUUUCCUGUUUUUGUGUUAGUUAUUUUAUUCCUGAGGAAACUAUGUUAUUUAUGUGCAGUUUAUAGGAAAUAAAUUACUUGCAGUGGAUUAAUGUUUCAUUGAUAAAUAAAUUAUUUAUAUUUGAAUAUGAUUUACAUUCUGCAUGUAUUAUUCCAUUACAUUCGUUAUUGAUGUCAUUUUGUGCACUGCAUAAUGUACAGUAUUUGCAGUGUGAUUGAAGACAACAAUCAUAAUACAUAUUUAACUUGUCCUUUGCUUUUCACACCUUAUUUCAAAAUGCUAUAAAUUUUCUACAUAGCUACUACCCUUUUAGCUGAGUUGAAUGAUUUCAUUAAUGUACUGGUAUUUGUAAUUUCAUAGUUAAAAUUGCUUUUAACAUCUCUGUACAUUUGGUAGGUCUGAAUGCUAUCAUUUAAACUAAAAGAGUUUCAUUUUUGUCUUGUAAGCUGUGGUCUCUAGAAUUUGACAGAUAGUGCCUCACCAGUGGCAUUUGUUCAACACAGAUUAGCCCAUGAUGUAGACUGAAUGUAAUACUUAUGCAUCAUGUUUUACAUAUGCAAAUAAAUAGUUUUGUUAAUAUA